AUGGAUGUUCGACAGAAGCACGAUGAGAGACUGUGGUCCUACAUCAACCGCUUCAAGAAGGAGGAGCUUGAGGUCCGGGAUGUCGACCCCAUGGUCUCCAUGAACACAACCAUCAAUGGCCUCUUGUCGGUCUCAGCUUUCAAGUGCUCGGUAGCCAAGACACCGCCCAGGUCUAAGGCAGAAUUUUUAAAGAAGGCCCAUAAGUACAUCGCUGUGGAGGAGGCCUUAGUGGGAGAUUGCCAGGAGGAAGAGGCUGACCACCAUUGUGGAGGCCCAAAGAAGAAGAGAAGAAGCAGAGACAACCGCAAUGACAACAACAACAACAACAGCAAGGACAGCGAGAAGCUAUUGGCCUCGGCCCUAGCUUAUAGAAAGUACACGCCACUCAACUCCACCCGAACACAGAUUCUCAAGCAAGUAGAGAAGGAGGAGUACAUGAAGUGGCCAAAGAAGAUGAAGAGAAACCCCAAGAGGGGAAAUCCAAAGAAGUAUUGCAAGUACCACCAUAGCACCGGCCAUGAUACUGAGGAUUGCUAUGAACUCAAGAACGAGAUCGAGUCCCUCAUUCACCAUGGUCAUUUGAAGCAAUACAUGGGGGGCAAGGCCGGCGCCUCAUCCUCGCAGCAACAACAGUUAGCAGGUGUCAUCGAUGUCAUCAUUGGGUGCUCGGCCUUGGCUCGAAAGGCCUACGCUAGGCAGUUGAACAUCCAGAGGUUGGCUCUCAAGAAGUUGAAGCAGGACGAAGCCCUCACCUUUACAGAUGAGGAUCUGAAGGGGAUCUUAGUCCCCCAUGAUGACGUGCUGGUUGUGUUUUCCAUUGUCAUGAAUUUUUUGGUGAAGAGGAUACUUGUGGAUAGUGGCUCCUUCACCAACAUCCUCUUCUAUGACGCUUACGAAAAGAUGAAGUUGGCGCCUGAACGCCUCGAGUCGGCAGAUGUGCCACUUGUCGGCUUCUCUAGAAAUGUUGUUAGACUAGAGGGGGAAAUCACCCUACCAGUUAUGGUAGGGGCAAAGCCUCGGUAG